AUGGUAAAAUCAUAUUUGAGAUUUGAACCUUGGAAAACUUUUGGAGUCAUUUCUAGUUCCUUAUCAAAUGCAGUUUUAACAGGUGAAGAUACACUUACAGUUGCUCCUGCUUUAGAAGAUAUUAUUUUAUGGGAUUUAAAAAAAGGUUUACAGAAAGAAAAAUGGCAUGAUUCUGAUAAUAAAUCAGAAGUAACUGUAAUAGCAAGAAGUCCGAAUAAUCAAGAUUAUGCCGUCGGGUAUACUGAUGGAUCGAUCAGAAUAUGGAGAAUUGGGCAAUCAGCUACUUCGCUUAUUUUUAAUGGACAUCGAAAAGCGGUAACUAGCUUGUUAUUUGAUAAAACUGGGACAAGAUUAGCAUCAGGAUCAAAAGAUACAAAUAUAAUUCUUUGGGAUGUAAUCGGUGAAGUUGGACUUUUUAGAUUGUGUGGUCAUAAGGACCAAAUCACUUCAAUCCGGUUUCUUCCUAAAUCUUUAUUAAGUAAGGACAAUGAAAUUUCAUCACCGGGAUAUCUUAUUUCGUCAUCUAAAGAUACUCUUUUAAAGUUAUGGGAUCUUAGUACUCAGCAUUGUAUCGAGACAGUAGUAAGCCAUCGUAGUGAAAUUUGGGAUUUUGAUAUAUCAAAAGAUGGUAAAAUGAUUGUCACAGGUGGUGAUGAUGCAGAUAUGAAAGUCUGGACAAUUGAUUAUGAAGUUCUUGAAAGUAAUUUUGAAGUAAAAAAUAAUCAGAACGAAAAUAAUGUAAAUAAUGCUGAGGUGAAAAAAGUAAUCAAUUUUUAUGGAAAUGUGAAAAGGCAAGGGAAAGAUCGUGUUGUCACAUUAAAGUUUCAUCCUAAGGUUGAUUUAUUAGGUGUGCAAGGACCAGAAAAAUUUGUUGAAAUUUUUAGAAUUCAUACUCAUGAAGAAAUAAAAAAGAAAAUGGCGCGUCGUAAGAAAAGACAGAAAGAAAAAAAUCAAAAGCUUGGAAUUAAUGAUGUUGAUGAAAAUAUGACGAUUCAAAUAGAUAAUGAAGUCAAGGAGAAAGAAAUUAAUGUUAAUGAUAUGAUAACUCCAUAUCAAAUUAUUCGUGCAAACGGGAAGAUUCGUUCCUUUGAUUUUUUGCCAAAUGAAAACAUUUCAAAAAUCAAUUCAAUUCAGAUUCUCACAUCCUUGACAAAUAAUACACUCGAGUUAUAUGCGUUAAGUUUACCUUCUAAGAAAAAAGAUGAACCAGUACCUACGAAUCUUUAUUCAUUAGAUAUACCUGGUCAUCGUAAUGAUGUUAGAACUUUAGCGUUAAGUUCUGAUGAUGAAUUAUUAUGUUCAUGUUCGAAGGACAAUCUUAAAAUCUGGAAUGUUAAAUCGUCAUCAUGUAUUAAAACUAUUGAAUGCGGAUAUGCUUUAUGUUGUUCGUUUUUACCAGGAGAUCGUUAUGUUAUUGUCGGUACAAAAUCUGGACAUUUGGAAUUAUUCGAUCUCGCAUCAUCAUCUAUCAUUGAAUCUAUAGAAGCACACGAUGGUCCUAUAUGGUCAUUACAUAUUCGUCCAGAUAAAGAAGGGAUUGUUACGGGGAGUGCGGAUAAAAAUGUUAAAUUUUGGGAUUUUGAAUUUUUGUUGGAAAACUCUAACGGAGAAAUCACGACAAGUACGCGUAGAUUAACUUUAAUUCAUAAACGUACACUUAAAAUGACUGACGACGUUUUAUGCGUUCGUUACAGUCCCAAUCAGAAAUUGAUAGCAGUUGGAUUAUUGGAUUCGACAGUUAAAGUAUUUUAUAGUGAUACAUUGAAAUUUUUUUUGUCAUUAUAUGGACACAAGCUUCCCGUGUUGUCAAUGGAUAUUUCCUCGGAUAAUUCAUUAUUGGUAACUGGUUCAGCAGAUAAAAAUAUUAAAAUAUGGGGACUUGAUUUUGGCGAUUGUCGCAAAUCGAUAUUCGCCCAUCAAGAUAGUAUAAUGUGUGUUCAAUUUCUGCAUCACACACAUUAUAUUUUCUCAUCGAGUAAAGAUAGAUUAGUGAAAUAUUGGGAUGGUGAUAAGUUUGAAAAUAUCAUGAAGCUUGAAGGACAUCAUGGAGAAAUUUGGUCUUUAGUUCUUAGUAAACGAGGAGAUUUAUUAGUUACGUGUUCACAUGAUAGAUCUAUUAGAAUGUGGGAGCAAACAGAUGAACCGCUUUUCCUUGAAGAAGAACGGGAAAAGGAAAUGGAAGAGUUAUAUGAAUCUACAUUAACAACCACUUUGGAAAAAACCAAUCUUGAUGACUUAGAUACAACUCUUACAGGUAAACAAACCAUAGAGACACUUAAAGCUGGAGAACGUAUAAUAGAGGCAUUAGACAUUGCGGACGAAUAUACAUCAGAUUGGACAACUUAUAAUCAGAUAAAGGAAAGGGGACAAGAUCCUGGACCCCCACCAAAAUCAAAUCCUAUUCUUGUCGCAUUCGGAAAUUUGACAGGAGAUCAAUAUGUGCUCAAAAUAAUAGAAAAAAUAAGAUCUUCGGAUUUAGAGGAAGCCUUACUGAUUUUACCAUUUACCAAAGUUAUAUCAUUAUUACGAUACUUGGACAUUUGGGCUAAAAAGGAAUGGAAUGUAGUAUUGACAUCACGAAUACUUAUUCAACUUCUUAAAGUUCACCAUGAUCAAAUUGUGGCUAAUCGAGUCUUGAGACCAAUAUUGGAUUCACUUAGAACACAUAUACAUACAUCUUUGAAAGUUCAGAAGUCAAAUAAGUCAUCAGAAUUUUUUGAAGAUUUACCAACAGACAAUGAAAUAGAAAGUGAAUCCUUAAAAAAGAGAAAAUUUAUAAACCUGAAAACAUAA